UAUAUUUGGAAAUAAUAUAAUACUACAGAUUAGAUUUGAGUUUGAGAAAUGAGUUGAGACAGAGGUGUUUGAGAGAUUGGAGAGAAGAUGAUACGAGCGGUAAUGGUGAUAAACACCCAAGGCAAGCCUCGCCUUGCCAAAUUCUACGAUGAUCAGCCCCUGGAGAAACAACAGGAACUUAUUCGCAACAUCUAUGGAGUACUGUGCAGCAGGGCUGAGAAUGUAAGCAAUUUCAUGGAGGCGGGGUCCUUUUUUGGUCCGGAUACUCGCCUUGUAUACAAGCACUUUGCCACUCUGUACUUUGUGUUUAUAUUUGAUCGUUCUGAAAAUGAGCUUGCCAUGCUUGAUUUGAUACAAGUACUUGUGGAAACAUUGGACAAAUGCUUCAGAAAUGUUUGUGAGCUUGACAUAGUGUUCAACUACAGCAAGCUGCACACUAUGUUAGAUGAGAUUAUAUUUGGAGGUCAAGUGUUGGAGACAAGUUCUGCAGAAGUUAUGAAGGUCGUCGAAGAGAUAUCCAAGUUAGAAACAGCCUCAAAUUCUUUCUUUGCCCCAAAAUCCGUUUCUAGUUGGCGGAGUCGGUAGCAUAAUCCUUUCGGUGAUCCAACAGAGAUUGUCUUCACCAAAUGUAAUACUGACCAAUACUGUUUCUUUGUUUUGAGUCACAGGUGCUCCUUAACAGUUAUUGUUGCACAAUCUUGAAAGUUUUAAACUUGAUGCAACAACUCGUUCAUAUACUGUGUACAUCAUUAAGUUUGUGUUGACAUUCAAAGCUCAAUGUUGCCUUUUAUGUGAAUGAUUCACGAGUUGAUUUGUUUGGAAAUUUUUAUUAAACAAGAUAACGGACAUUUGUUUUUGUUAAUUUAAAAAAUCAGCCAUUUUUUUUA